CCGGCUGCCUUCUCCGAAACGCGGCAGGCGGCGGAGGUUUUAUUUUGAAACGUUGCACCGGCAGUCUCGCGUGUGACGGUGUGUGUAACCUGUCUGCUGCCCGGCAGAGGGAGCGGGGAGUUGUGGAGGAGGUGGGGGGGACGCGAGCGGAGACGCUGCGAGGACUAGUGAGCUUGUCGAAGAGCCGCGUCCGGGGAGAGCUGCGGAGCCUGGAAACGUAUGAUCUGAGAAGGUGUGUCGUGUCCUCCUGUCUGCUGGUAUCAGGAUGCAGUUCUCAGUCAGACUGAGUCUCGGCCUGCUGGGCUUGGUUCUCAUCUCCCUGUUCCCCCAGCCAGCGCGGGGCCAAGUUUCAUCGCCGCGACGAUUUCGCACCAAAGUCCUGAGCCCCACCAAGCUGGAGGUGUUGUGGAAAGAGCCGAAAGGAGAGUUUGAAAGCUACAAAGUCAUUUACGCCACGCGACCAGGUGGACAGCAGACGGAGGUCCAGGUGUCGAAGCAGGAAGCAAAGCUCCUCAUUGAGGACUUUGACCCCUCUAAAGAAUACAACUUUAACAUCAUUGCAGUCAAUGGAGGACGGGAGAGCAAACCUCUUCAGGCCAAAUACGAAGCUCAGCGGACAGGCAUCGAGACGGUUCAGUCCCAGAGGAGACAAGACAGCGGCGUCACCGAGGAGAAAAACGAGAUCUCUGAAGCUGAGGAGGGGUUCAUGUGUAAGACUCCAGCCAUAGCUGACAUUGUGAUUCUGGUGGACGGCUCCUGGAGCAUUGGUCGCAUCAACUUCAGGCUGGUCAGGACCUUCCUGGAAAACCUGGUCAGGGCCUUCAGCGUGGAGUUUGACAAGACCAGGAUCGGCCUGGCUCAGUACAGCGGAGACCCCAGGAUUGAGUGGCAUCUUAACGCUCACACCACCAAAGAGGCUGUGAUUGAUGCCGUGAAGAACCUGCCGUAUAAAGGAGGAAACACACUGACAGGUUUGGCUCUGACCUUCAUCCUGGAGAACAGCUUCAAACCGGAGUCCGGAUCCAGACCCGGCGUUCCCAAGAUAGGAAUCCUCAUCACCGAUGGGAAGUCCCAGGACGAUGUGUCCCCCCCCGCACAGAGCCUGAGGGAAGCGGGGAUAGAGCUGUUCGCCAUCGGGGUGAAAAACGCCGAUGAGAAUGAGCUGAAGGCCAUCGCCUCUCCUCCCGAGGAAACUCACGUCUACAACGUGGCGGACUUCAGCGUGAUGAGCGACAUCGUGGAAGGUCUCACCAAGACCAUCUGCGACCGAGUGGAGCAGCUCGACAAGCAGCUCAAAGGUGGAGAACCCGCCCCCCCGCCCACUUCCGUAGCUCCUCCCCGUGACCUAGUGACCUCUGAGGUCACCGCUCGCAGCUUUCGGGCGACGUGGACCCAUGCGCCGGGCCAGGUGGAGAAGUACCGGGUGAUCUACUACCCCGCCAGCGGAGGAAAGCCGGAGGAAAAAGUGGUCCAGGGCACAGAGAACAGCGUGGAGCUGAACUACCUGAACUCUCUGACGGAGUACCAGGUGGCCGUGUUCGCCGUCUACCGCAGCUCCGCCAGUGAGGCCCUGAGAGGAAGUGCUACCACGUUGGCCCUGCCCAUGGUGAACGGCCUGGAGCUGUUUGAUAUCACCCACAGCACCAUGAGGGUCCGCUGGAAGACCGCUGCCGGGGCUUCUGGGUACAUGAUCCUCUACGCCCCGCUGACCGAGGGAGACCCUUCAGAUGAGAAGGAGGUGAAGGUGGCAGACUCGGUGAAUGAGGUGGAGCUUGAGGGACUGACCCCGGACACCGAGUACACGGUGACAGUUUACGCCAUGUACGGAGAGGAGGCCAGCGACCCCAUGACCAGCCAGCAGACCACACUGCCGCUGACCCCGGCCAAGUACCUGCGUUUCUCCGACGUGGACCACAGCUCCGCCCGGCUCGCAUGGGACUCCGCCUCCGGGAGGGUCAAAGGAUACCGCGUCAUGUACGUCAAGACCAACGGGGUCCAGACUAAUGAGGUGGAUGUUGGCCCCGUGACCACCUGGUUGCUAAGAAACCUGACCUCCCUGACGGAGUACACGGUUGGUGUCUUCGCCAUCUACGACGAGGGACAGGCUGAGGCUGUGACUGACAGCUUCACUACGAAGACUGUCCCGGACCCGCUGGAUCUGAGGAGCAGUGAGAUCUCUACUGACAGCUUCAGGGUGUCAUGGCGACGCCCGGCCUCUGAUGUGGUGCUGUACCGCCUCACCUGGACGCCCGCCGACGGAGGAGACAGUGCGGAGGCUCUGGUGAACGGAAAUACCAACAGCUACCUGAUAAGAGGACUCAGCCCCUCCACCGAGUACGAAGUCCUCCUGGCUGCCAUCUAUGACAAUGAGGUCGAGAGUGACGAGGUGAUCCUCGUGGAGUCCACUGAUGAAAGAACAACCACCGUCGCUCUGACAACCACCACCACAGCAGCUCCUCGUUACGGCGUGAGGAACAUGAGGAUCGACGAGGAAACCGCCUUCAGUAUGCGGGUGUCCUGGCAGCCCGUCGACUACAGGAACGUCCGACAUUAUCGGCUGAGCUACAUCAGUGCCAGGGGAGACCGAGCAGAGGAGACGAGGACGGUGCCCACGGCACAGAGCAGCCUGGUUCUGCAGCCUCUGCUGUCAGACACGGAGUACAAAGUCGCCAUCACUCCUGUUUACCCCGAUGGAAACGGACCGACAGCGGCACGAAUGGGACGAACACUUCCUCUCUCAGCUCCUAAGAACCUGCGAGUAUCAGAGGAGUGGUACAACCGCUUCAGGAUCAGCUGGGACGCUCCACCCUCACCCACCAUGGGCUACAGAGUCGUCUACCAGCCUGUAUCUGCCCCUGAGCAAGCUUUGGAGACCUUCGUGGGGGAGGACGUGAACACCAUACUGAUCGUGCACCUGCUGAGCGGGACAGAGUACAGUGUCAAGGUCAUUGCCUCCUACACCACCGGAUCCAGCGAAGCCUUGUCUGGGAGGGCCAAGACCCUGUUCCUGGGGGUGACUAACCUGAGUGUGUACCAGGUGAGGAUGACCAGUUUGUGCGCCCAGUGGCAGACUCACCGGCACGCAGUCGCCUACAUAGUGGAAAUCGAGUCCCUGCUCAACGGUCAGAAGCAGGAGGCGAAGCUGAGCGGAGGAGCCGGCAGACACUGUUUCAGCAACCUGGAGCCCAGCACGCAGUACAAGAUCAGCGUGUACACCCAGCUGCACGACGGGACUAACGGACCGGCAGUCACUACCGUCGAAGAGACGCUACCCAUCCCGACCCCGGCGCCCACCAGGCCCCCCACCACCACCCCGCCACCCACCAUCCCCCCGGCCAAAGAAGUCUGUAAGGCAGCCAGAGCAGACCUAGUUUUCCUGGUUGAUGGGUCCUGGAGUAUCGGUGACGAAAACUUCCUGAAGAUCAUCCGCUUCCUGUACAGCACCACCGGCGCUCUGGACAGGAUCGGCCCGGAUGGCACACAGGUGGCCAUGGCCCAGUUCAGUGACGACGCCCGGACCGAGUUCAAGCUGAACUCGUACAGCGACAAGGAGCAACUGCUGGACGCCAUCAACCGGAUCUCCUACAAGGGAGGAAACACCAAGACGGGUCGAGCCAUCCAGCAUGUGAAGGAAAACAUCUUCACGGUGGAGGGAGGAGUCAGGAGGGGAGUCCCCAAUGUCCUCGUGGUCCUCACCGACGGCCGAUCCCAGGACGACGUCAACAAGGUUUCCAAGGAGAUGCAGAUGGAAGGUUACAUCGUGUUCGCUAUCGGCUUUGCUGACGCUGACUACGGGGAGCUGGUGAGCAUCGCCAGUAAGCCCAGCGACAGGCACGUCUUCUUCGUGGACGACCUGGACGCCUUCAAGAAGAUCGAAGAGAAGCUGGUGACCUUUGUGUGUGAAGCCGCCACUGCCACUUGUCCAUCUAUACCAAUGAGCGGCAGCACAACACCAGGUUUCCGCAUGAUGGAGCUGUUUGGGCUGGUGGAGAAUCGGUACAGCAGCGUCUCUGGCGUUUCCAUGGUACCCGGCACCUUCAACACCUUCCCUUGUUUCCACUUGCACAGUGACGCACUGCUGGCGCAGCCAACCAGGUACAUCCACCCAGAGGGGCUUCCGUCCGACUACACCAUCACCCUGCUGUUGAGACUGCUGCCCAACACACCAGAGGAGCCCUUUGCCCUCUGGGAGAUCCUCAACAAGAACAACGAGCCACUGGUGGGAGUCAUCCUGGACAAUGGAGGAAAGACUCUGACGUUCUUCAACAACGACUACAAAGGGGAGUUUCAGACCGUGACCUUUGAAGGGCCGGAAAUCCAAAAACUCUUCUACGGCAGCUUCCACAAGCUUCACAUUGCGAUCGGCAAGACGAGCGCCAAAGUGGUGAUUGACUGCAAGAUGGUGGCCGAGAAAACGAUCAACGCAGCGGGAAACAUCACCACUGAUGGAGUGGAAGUUCUGGGCCGGAUGGUCCGCUCCAGGGGGAACAAGGACAACUCUGCACCGUUCCAGCUCCAGAUCUUUGACAUCGUCUGCAGCACCUCAUGGGCCAACAGAGACAAGUGCUGUGAACUUCCUGGUCUGAGGAAGGAGGCAGACUGCCCGGCCUUGCCCAAAGCCUGCACCUGCACCCAGGACAGCAAAGGCCCCCCUGGCCCUGCUGGAUCACCAGGAGGCCCAGGAAUCAGAGGAGCCAGAGGCGAUCGCGGAGAGCCAGGCCCGGUGGGGCCAACUGGUCCAGUAGGUGAUACAGGUGUACCAGGACCCCAGGGACCCCAAGGACCACAAGGACCCAGUGGACGCUCCAUCAUUGGAUCCCCAGGUGCACCAGGCGAGAGAGGGCAGAAAGGUGACGCCGGGCAGCAGGGAGCGCAGGGAAUUCCGGGUAGAGCCGGAUCUCCAGGCAGAGAGGGGCCUCCGGGACCAAGAGGCCUGCCGGGCAAAGACGGCUCCCCGGGCAGACAGGGCCCCUCGGGAACUAUCGGGACUCCAGGAGCCCCAGGGGCUCCAGGAAGCACAGGCCCCCCAGGAAAACAGGGAGAGCUGGGACCUCCGGGUCCAUCUGGAAGCAAGGGGGAGAAAGGUGAACGGGGUGACCUCCAGUCGACAGCGUCGGUCCAGGCCAUCGCCAGGCAGGUCUGUGAGCAGCUGAUCCAAAGCCACAUGGCGCGUUACAACUCCAUCCUGAACCACGUACCCAGUCCACCAGUGUCCAUCCGCACCGUGCCGGGACCCCCCGGAGAGCCCGGUCGACAGGGAGCCCCGGGGCCCCAGGGAGAACAGGGACCCCCAGGAAGACCCGGCUUCCCGGGACAGAAUGGACAGAACGGGCAACCUGGAGAAAGAGGUCAACCAGGGGAGAAGGGUGAGAAGGGAUCCCCGGGGACAGGAGUCCAAGGCCCCAGAGGACUUCCAGGACCCCCUGGUGUCCAAGGUCAGGGCAGACCCGGCAGCCAGGGUUCAUCAGGGCGACCCGGGAACCCCGGAACCCCCGGUCGGUCCGGUGUCCCUGGACCCGUUGGCCCCGCAGGGCCCCCGGGAUACUGCGACCCGAACUCCUGUGUGGGCUACAACGUUGGAGGGGGUGAGGAUGUCACUGACGGCGGCGCUAUCCCCGCAGUCCAACUGCCGUCCAACGUCUUCCAGAACUACGGCGAGGCUGAGGAGGACGACCCCUACCGCUACUACCAGCCCAACUACCCGGCCCCGCGGCCGGUGUCGCCCUACGACCCUGCGCUUGCCGCGGACAACAUCGAGCUGAGGUCCCCCGGCGUCCACCGCAGCUCGCGGAGCCUGGAGGGGCGGAAGGAGGUCGCCGGGCCGGAGAGGAGACUAAAGAGAGGAGUGAAGACGCCGCCGAGUUUAACUAACUGAGAGGAGGCGAUUGGAGGACGCUGUCGCUGUUUCUGAUUGGACGGUUUGGAGCCCUUAUGGACUAAUCAACAAGUGCCUGAUUUAGAGGAUUUCUUAUGGACACUGUAGAGGGGACGGGGUGGGGGUAUCAGGUUGGGACUAUUUUAACUCAUAAAUGCUAUUGCUUUAACUUCAAGAAGACCGUUUUGCGUUGCUGUGCUUUGUUUUUGUUAUUCUUGCCUCAGUGGAGACAGUUGUUUUAAAAACGGACUGAGCUUAGCUGGAGUUUAUAUUUCACAGUUUAGCUUUUUUUCCCGAACGCGUCGCUCUGUUACCAGGUCAGCAACUGUUUCUGUCGGCAGAUUCUAGUUCCUGCAACGUGUCGUCAUGGCACCGAUCGGAGAAAAGUAGCCGGUCCUGUUUUCAAGCUCCACUUAUUUACCUGGUUGGUUAAGUGCCUCCUCGUUGCCUUGCUAGAAUAUCACGGAGGAAAUUUCCAAAGUGAUAAAUAAGCAGCUGUGAUGAUUCGGUGCAACACUACGACCUAGCAUUUGCACUCAGAGACACUUUCGGAUUAGAGCAAACCAACGAGCAGCAGGACGUGCAAUGUAAAUACAUGACGAGGGUUAAGUUUUGAUUUUAUACGCUAUCAUUUAAAAAAAAAAAAAAAAA